AUGCCGUUUUUUAAAAACAAGAAACAAGUUAGGGAUGAAAACAAGAGCGAAAUCGAGCGAAAGUUAGUUUUGGUUAGUAUACUGAAGUGGCGUUCUCAUAAUUGUGCCUUUCAGCAUGAAAAUUGUUGACAAUUACGCUCAAUAAAUUUAGAUAAGGAAGUGUGUCUCUAUUUUAAAUGGUAGAAAGAGGUUUGGGUGUUAGUUUCAAAGGCUUUAUUCUUGUUUUAUAAAGGCUCAAGAUGACCCAGAACCAACGUUUGAUCUGUCUUCUUGUGGGGCAAAAGAGGUAUUUCUAUUUAUUUGUUUGCUAUAUGGAAGGGUACUAUAGCUUGUAAGCAGCUGCUUUUUAUAGUAUAGAUUUGUAAUUCCUGUUUAAACUACGCUCAAUUUUGGUACCCAUACCAUUUUUAUCCAUGUUCGGACUACCAUUACAAAGGCCGAGCAUGGAUAAAUUUAGUCCAAAAGUUGAGCAUAGGGCGUAAAAAAAUACCUAUGGUUCCCGACCGACCCUAUUUUUUCUGCCGACCCUAUUCUUUUUUCAAUGCUGAUUGACCGUGCUGCUCAUACAGCGUGCCAAAAUGAUGUCUGUUGUCACACUAAUUAUAGCCAGUAUGGCCGGCUCUUUUAUAAGUAGAGCCUGCCCGAAAGCCCUAGUCAAAUUGAUGACUCUCGGCAGCUGGCUGAAUUACGUUGACAACAGUCUGAUUGACAUGUUAUGCUAAUUUAUUCAAAAAUUUAAAAAUAAAUACAGUAAAAACAAACGGCAUCGCUAUAUUAAAGUGUAAACCUGUCGGCUAAAAUAUAAAAUUCAAAAGACAAAGUGUAAAAUGUAUAACAUAUACCGGUAUCUAAACAGAAUAAGACAAGCCAUACUGCUAUUACUGCAUAUGUUGUAUGAUUUUACCGUAUGGUCACUAUAGUAUAGAGUAUAAAACCUUGGCUGUCCUUGCCUUGUUUAUAUUUUGUUGGCUGGCAAAUUACGAUUAUUUAAAACAAUACAUUCCCCAUUGUGUUUAAUACACCAUAAUAAUACGAAGCUCUCUUUGGAGCUUUUAAAAUACAUUUGCCUGCCAACAUGUAUAACACGGGAAGGGGUCUAUUUAAACUUUUCCUAUUAAGUCAUUAUAUUUAAUACUGCAAUAUUUAUAACUGUAGUACAGCCAUACAGGUGCAAAGCAUAAUAUAAUUUUGAAUGGUCUUCGUCUACUACUAAUUUCCAGACAAAGUCGAAGGGCCUUCGCUCGAAAUGCCGAUGUUUUGCUCAUUGUAAUUAAGGAAUUGUUAACUUCGCCUCUCCGUGCUACUAUUAGGCUACAUUAUAAAGUCUAUAACCAAUCUCUAAAGCACUGUAUGACAGUUGUGUACCAGCAAAUUAGCUGAUAUUAUAAUUUUGUUUUGUUGAAAAAAGGUCCCUGAGAAAGUCUAUUCGAUGUGCAAAGUCAUGCAAAAAGAGGUAUGAAUACGACUCUUCAAAUGUUUAACUGUGGAUAUAUCUAAAGCAGACCUGCUAAGUUGAGCAGAUAUAAUUAUAUAUACAUAGUUACUAGACAAGUUUAAUGGCUAACACAUAUUUUAAUUUUUACUAUUUUUUUUCCAGGUUUUGCUUCUUCAUGACAAUAAUCUAAAAGACUUAAAAGGUGGUGGUGAUCUGAAGAAUUUAUCACAGUUGAGGGUAAGGUGACUGACUAUUCAGAAACAUGUUGUACAAAAUAAUUAGACUGCAUAUAGCUGUCGAAUAUUAUACAAUUAUGAGUAUAAAUACAAAACGUUGUUAAUGUUUCAUUCAGGUUCUUGAUCUUCACAAGAAUUUCAUUUCUGAACUGCCAGAAGAAAUCAGAUUUUUAACAAGUCUUCAGGUAUAUACAGUAUUAGUAGGUGUGUCUGUCAGUAAGGGGGGUGUUUCCAUGUUCAGUUGAAAAGUUUUCUUUAAUGUCCCUCUGUUCCAUAUAAAUGCAUGAUUAUUCUUUCGACACAAGAAAGAAAAUAUGAAACGAAAACGUUCAACGAAAAUUUUGCCAAGAAAUUUCAAACCUGCCGGAAACAUGAAGCUUAAACUCCCUACUAUCUAUGCUAGGACAGACCGUUUGAGCUACUCAUUUUUCACUUUACAUCACGAUUCUCUUUGAAUGAAGGUUUUAAACCUCAGUCACAACAGUUUGAAAUCCAUUCCUAAAGGCAUCGAGAGGUUACAAUCACUUCAGACAUUUGAUCUCCAAGGUAUGAAUAGCAAACUAAAUAAAAUACUCCUUGAUUUUCGUUUUUGUUCUUUAAUUUAAAAAAUACAAAUCAUGCUGGUGUAAUUUGAUAGGGAAUAAAUUGAAAACUCUACCAGAUGAAAUCAGCAAGAUGAAAUCGUUACGGACAUUGAAUGUCUCUCAUAACAAUGUCACAAAGCUUCCGGUAUCCUUGGCCAAUGUCAGAACGUUAGAGGUACCUGUACUGUAAAUCAUAAAAUAUAUAACUAUGUACAGUAUUACACAAGUACAGGUAAUAUACCAAAUGUUGAAAAAUAAGCAUGUUUACUACAUUAUUGAUUGUUGAAAUUUGUAAUAGUAAAUUAUUUUUUUUCAGAAUUUGAUCGUGGAUGUGGAUAUUAUGAUAUUUCCCUCCAAGGGUAAAUAACUGCAACAUGAACAUAAGCAUGAAUAAAUUGUCCAUCUAUUUCAAAUUUUUCCCCACAUUUUUCUGUAGACGUCGCUUCGGCUGGAACAGAUGAAAUGAUGAAAACAUUAUGUGCUGGUUUGUUUAAAAUUAUUUAACAUUGCUACCAUUUGUGUGAUAGGGAAAAUUUUCCUUGCAAGUUUGGAGCUUUGUCAGUGUAGAAGCUGCAUGUGCAGGAAUUUUUUCUAUAUCUGUAUAUUGGGUCAUUCCAGAAAACAUCCAUACCUUCCCCACAGAUGAAAUUAGAAGUUAACCCUCCUACCCCCUAUGGGUGUCCUAUUAAAUAAAUACAUGUACUAUUAUCAGAAACAAAUUUUUUUCCCCUCCCUCUCCUGACGGCAAUUUCCACUGUUUGCAUGAACUUUUCACCUGAGAGAUCUGCCACCCCAUCCAGCAACCCUCACCCUCCCAUGACAUCUAAUGCUCCACCCCUAAUGAGACAGAUAGUCAGAGACAAACAAUCGUUUCUGUUUUAGUGGCUGGUAUAGAAUAUGUUCCUCCAUCAAAGUGUCUACUCCCUGUACUAGGUAAGACUAAUUUUAUAAUGUUAUUAUAAAUUGUUAAGCCAAAUGGUGCUUAUAAUCUUGUGAAUUAGAAUCAGAUCAGAAUGUAUGAUUCUGUAUCAUAAGCAUGCAUCUAGCUGAUAUGCAUUGACAUUUGGGUACUUAUUGCCAUAACUGACAAAGUAGGUUACAUUCUUAUCUCUCCCUUUAGACAGUGGUAUGAAUAGCAGAUUUCCUGAAGCUAAUUCAUUCAUUCAAGAAGACAAUAGUAUUGAGGUAUACAUACUGAAGACAAAAAUAUUUGUAUGGAUGUAGGAAACUGUCAGCUUUUUCUGUUAAUCUAUAGAGCUUGAAAUGUCCCUGUAACAAUGCCAAUUCUCAGCAACUCUCUGGGCUUAAUUAAUGGUCAAAUGAGAAUGAGAGUUGAUGAGAGAGUUGAGAAGCAAGAGUUGAUGGGAGUUGAAAGUUGAUGAGAGUCGACAGGCCUUAAAACAUAUUUUACAGGGCCGUCUGACAAAAUGUCCGAUGAUGUUGAGUUUGGGUCGGACAUAUGUCCGAUGACCUUCAGUUCAGUUUUGACUCGGAAAUAAGUCUGAAUAGGCAGUUGCGAUUCAAAAAUAUCGAUAUUCGAUAUUCGAUUUUUUGCAUAUCGAAAAUAUCAAAAGUUGUUACUAAACAACUUAAUCUCCCAUUAUUCUGCAAUUAUUGUUUUCACCGGUGAAGUUUAGACAAUGCGUGUAUGGCGGCAAUUGCGAACAAACGUACUGUGAAACCAUUAGCCUUGUAAAUAUAUCUUUAAACUUUCAUAAACGGAUAAACUGUUGUUAAUAAAUCUUUGAGAUGUACCAUGACUGGUUUCAUGCACUUCUUUUUAACUGUUUGUGAUGCGUAUACUGUACAUGCAAGUUGACUAAAUUACGUUUUCUCAUUUGCAUAAUUCGAUUAUAGUCGAUAUUAUCGAUAUUUUUUUUCGAUAUCGAUUUUUUUCAAUAUCGCAACUGCCUAAGUCUGAAUGACACAAAUGAAUAUCAGCACAAUGUAUUAAUUCUGAACGGUAAAUGUUGUGAAGAUAUUUAAUAAUUUGUGUCAUUCAUACUUAUUUCCAAGCCAAAAUUAACUUGCUUGCAAGAACAGCAGUAAGACGUCGACAAGUUAAGCCCGUUUUCCACUUCACCAUUUCGCUUGCACGUCGCCGCCCUGCGCUCGAUUAGCUAGGUUAAAACAACAUUUCCAGUUCACUUUUUAUGCAAUACUCAUUUAGUCCUCUGAUUUUCCAUUUAACAUACGAGCCUUACUGCUGAUUGAUUUACGUUGGACAAAGCUACAGUUCGGUCGGACACCAAUUCACUCGGGUCGCACAAACAGUAAACCUCAGUUUCACUUAUGUCGGACAGAAUGUCUGGUGGCUUCCUCUCUACGUCGGACAAUUUCACUAAUGGGUCGGACAAUGUCCGUGACCGACCGAUAUUUUAAGGCCUGAGUCGAUGAUACAACUCUCAUCAACUCUCAACCUUGUUUGACUGAGUUUUAAGCUCAUCUCAAUUGUCUGGAGUGAAUAUUUUUUUGUUGUCAUUAGAACAAGAUUCAAGAACUGGAAAGGGGAAAGGAAAAGAAAUUUGAGAAGCUAGCUGUGGAACAACAGAUGCGUCAAGCUAAGGAAGAAGAGGCAGUUCUGAUCGCCAUGAACAAGAAAGGACGAGAAGAUUUAUUGAAAGCAAUUUCUGAGGUGAGGAAUGUCCUGUCCUGGACCUCUGCUGAGAUAACAGUUUAAAACUGAUAGAGCUAUCCAGUCUGAAUAAAGUUAGUUUAGUUUAGGUUUUCCUCCUGUAGUAACACUGGAUCAAUAGGGAGUUUAAGCUUCUUGUUCAAACGUCAAAUGGCAAGCGCCAGGAGAAGAAAAAAUUUACGCUACAAGGUAACAAAUGGAAAAUCAACUUACUAUUUUAAGACUGUAAUGUACGAUGCUUCUUUUGAGAUAAGAACGAGAAGAUGAAGCGAAGAAGUUAAGCAAACAUUCUGCCAACAAAAUUCGACUAUGCCGUUUGCCGUUCUCGCAAACGUGAAGCUUAAACUCCCUAAUAAGAGAUGAUUCUUACUGGAUUCUAGGGAGAACAGUUUAAAACCGAUAGAGCUAUCCAAUAUAAAUAAAGUUAGUUUAGUUUAGUUUAGGUUCCCUCCUGUAUUAACGCUGAAUCAAUUCACUGGACUUGUAGGGGGAACAAGUUAGAACAGAUUCAGCUGUCCAGUAAAAAUAGACUUUGAUUUAACUUUUUUCUACAGGACGAUAGUCAAGCUAAUGAAAAAAUUCUUCUGGAACAGAACAAGAAGGACAGAGAGAUGGAUCACAAUUUAGCUACUUUGGCAAACGGUAAGAGGUUGUCCAUAAUUAUCAACAUUUUGACAAGUGUACAGAGAGUACUUCGGUACCUUACCUUCCCCCACCCCACCCCCUCCCAGAACGUACCUUUAAAUGUUGAACCUCAGGAAUGAUGAUACCAGGUCUAUCAUCGACAUUUUAAAAAGCAUACAUUAGUCUUAUCCUCCUUCACACCAGCGUUCGGAUUGACCCCUAAAUCUGUAUGUUAUUUAGCACUUCUUCAGAUAUUUUCUUUCUACAAUCUUAGCCUUAUUCUUAUUCUUAUUGCUUUCUGUUUUUUUGCAGAAGAACAACAGGCAAACGACAGAGUUGCUGCGCUUUUACAAAUGAAUGAUAGGUGGGUGUUCUGGGCUUUCAGAAGUAUUCUGAGGAGGUGGCUGUGUUGAUAAAGUAGGCGUUUUGAGGAAGCGGUGUAGGGAGUCUUAAAGUCAUCCAAAUCAACUAGUGUAUAUUGAUUAGAUAACAACACAAUUGAGCUCUGGAACCAAAUUAUAGUGCAUCACUACUUUCAUUCUUCAACAAGAUAAUUUCAAGAUUUAAGAUGACAAAUAACUAAAUCAGUUUUACGAAAUAACUAAAUCAGUUUUACGUAGUACGUCGUUUUUGGAAAUAACCAGGCUAUAAAGUAGAUCAGGUUGAGGAAAAAUAACUUUGUUUGAAAGCUUAGAUUGGAGGAAGUAGAGCAGGAUUGAUAUUUCAAGUACGAUCUUAUUUUGAAAGCCCUGACUGUAUGGUUCUUGUCAAGAAGUUGUAAUGUGCAGUUGUCUUUGUUCCCAAAUUUUCAGGUCAAAAAAUGCUGAACAAAUCUUGGACGAAUUGGAGAAAGACAGAAUUGCAAUGGAAAACUUGGUGAAGAUUUCCCAAGAGGACGCGGAAAAUUUGAGAAGAAAGGAAGUACUGGAAAACAUGAACGCGCUGUUACAGAGCGAGCAAGCACAAGAGAAAAUGUUACAUGAUUACCAAGCCGUGAGAAAUGCAGCGACAACUGAGGCUCUUCAAACGUAACUAACAUGCAUAUAUAUUAAAAUGACCGCAGUUUGUGUCCUAUGAAGUUCAAUACACGCUUCUGGAAAGUACUUAGCCACGGCCAUAAAGUCUCGUUUUCGGCAUUGAGAUAUUGGCUUUAGAGACCUUUAUAUCUUGUUACCGAUGACCAAAGCCGGAUUUUGGUGGAAAUAGUGGGGGAGGUGGAAAACAUUUUAGGGGAGGUGCAGCGGUCUAGCUCACGGCUCCCAUGGAAACUUAGGGCUUAGGGCGGGCUAAAGUCAACGACCUGACGUAUGCAUGUAGUGUACGUACUGUGUGUAUCAGUGUAUUAAUGAAUUAUGACAAUACAACUCAUCCAAUUUUGCCCUUCAUUACAAUUACUACAAACUUUCUUUCAAAACAUUGCAUUAAAGGGUACUUGACACAGAGAUGAUUUAAAACUAUCACUGUUUCAAUUUGACAGAAAAACUUUCUUACGAAGUGUAGAGCCUAAGCAACCAAAAAAGUCAAAUUUUCACUUUGAUCUAUCAUUGAAACUUUCCCAAGGGGAGGUACAUGACUUUUCAGGGGAGGUGCAAAAAUGCUCAGGGGAGGUGCAAUACGAUCUCAGGGGACUGGGGGAGGUGUAGUGUCCUACGCAGCCUGUUCGCGGACCCGCGAACAGGCUGCGUACGAGACUAGGGGAGGUGCUCACCUCCCCUCAAAAUCUGGCCAUGCCGAUGACCUAAUUAUAUAAAGGUCAUUAACUAAUGUAACUGUAUGAUUUCGUAAAUGUGUCCAUCUGCAAACAAGAUAAAGAACUCUAAAUCCGAUAUCUCAGUCGCAAGGGUCUAUGGCCGAAGGUGAGUACUUUACGAAGUGUUGUACUAAAACGUUUCCACAUGAUUUCAAUUUUCUGCAGAGUGCUGGAUGAGUCACGAAAGAUCGAUGUAUACUUAAAUGAAAGGGACAAAGAUCACUCUAAUUUGAUUAAAAACCUUGCAAAUGAGGUAGACGAAUUAUAUUUCAUUAAAAUAUCAUUAAUAAUUCAUAAACCUUGUGGCAAAUCUUGUCAGCCAUAUUAUGUCACGUGGAGUGACUUUAUAUCUGAUAAAACUCAUCUUCAUUAGUAUUCUUUAUAUAAUUAAUAUUGUUCAUCCUAAUUAGUAUGAUUAUAUAAUUGUUCGUCCUAAUUAGUAUUCUUUUGUAGUCAUAUUUUAAGCUAUUCGAAACACUCGUUGUCGUGUUUUAUCAGACAUAAAAACACUCGGCUGCGCCUCGCGCAGGGUUCGUAGCGGUCUUUGAAAUCCUUGAAAGUCUUUAAAUUGGAAUGCAGGUCUUUGAGGUCUCUGAAAAGUCUUUAAAUUGUGUGAAAAAGCGAAGAAAGUCUUUAAAAGUCUUUAAAUUCUUUAGUGAAGAAUUGAUUAUACGAUUUCCUAGAUAGCUGAUUGCUCUCAAAGGUCUUUGAAAAGUCUUUCAAAAUAGGCAGAAAAAAUCUUUGAAAGUCUUUGAAUUUUUUUGGUCUUGGAGACUACGAACCCUGUCGCGUUUUAUAUCUGAUAAAACACUCCUACUCGUGUUUUAAAUAGUACUUAUAUAAAUAAAGUUAGUUUAUAAUCAUCAUGGUUUCUUUUCUCAGGAACUUGCACAAAUGGAAGCGUUUCAUGUUUUGCAACUACAAACUGAUGACAAACAUAAGCGGAUCACAAAUCAAGUAAGUACAGUUUGAAAAAUACUGGUUAUGGGAAAAGAGCUUGAUCGUGGUAUCGUAAGUUGCAUUUAUUGUGUUAUUUUACAGCUUGAAUUACUGGAGCGUGAACUUCAAGAGCUCAGUUUUCUGGAAAUGGAACGUAAACAAGAAAGGCAGGAUGAUGACUUGGUGAGUCAGUGGAAGUACUUAUACUCUAGACUACGUCACAGAGUAGAGACAUACAGAGACGUAACUAGUGUACCCACUUUUUUUGUGCACAUGCUCGGCAAGUUACUAGAUGCAUGCACCUGAUUGGAUGACGACCUGAUGACGACUCACUUUAAACUUGCUGAGCACGCGCAGUUGAUCAUUUUUCGCCCGAUCGCCUGAAAAAAAGUGGGUACAUGAUAACGUAAUCUUCAGCAGUGUUUACAUCUGUAUGUCUUAUCUACUCUGUGACUACGUGGAGGUUGAGGAUUGAAUCAAUGGCCUAUCAAAGAAAUUACCAUUCUCCCGGACUUAUUUUAUUUUAUUUGCAUUCUUUCAGCAACUUUUGGAAACAAAUCGUCAAGCGUUAACCGACUUGUUUGUCUUGUUGAUGGAGGAACGAGAAAAGAGGGAAGAGGAACUCGCUAAACGAUUGGUAAGAGAACUUCAUUUCUUCAAUCAAUUUAUCAAUUUAUGUAAUAAUUAGUUUAUGAUAGUCAGAACUCCCUUUUCAAUUAAAUGCCAGAACUCCGUUUUCAAAUACCAGAACUACCUUUUUAAAUACCAAAACUCCCUUUUCAAAUGCCAGAACUCCCUUUUCAAAUGCCAAAACUUAGUUUUCAAGUGCCAGAACUCCCUUUUCAAAUGCCAGAACUUCCUUUUCAAAUGCCAGAACUCCCUUUUCAAAUGGCAGAACUACCUUUUCAAAUGGCAGAACUACCUUUUCAAAUGCCAGAACUCCCUUUUCAAAUGCCAAAAACUCCGUUUUCAAAUGCCAGAACUCCGUUUUCAAAUGCCAGAACUCCCUUUACAAAUGCCAGAGCUCCCUUUUCAAAUGCCAGAACUCCCUUUUCAAAUGCCAAAAACCCCGUUUUCAAAUGCCAGAACUCCCUUUUCAAAUGCCAAAAACUCCGUUUUCAAAUGCCAAAAACUCCCUUUUCGAAUGCCAAAACUCAGUUUUCAAAUGCCAAAACUCAGUUUUCAAAUGCCAAACUCAGUUUUCAAAUGCCAAAACUCCCUUUUCAAAUGCCAGAACUCCCUUUUCAAAUGCAUGGUAAACCAACCUUUAGGCAAGCACGUGGUUUAGUCACAUGAUGAAGUCCAUAUAUAAAUAUAGGAAUACAAGUGUAUAUGACAUUGCAGGUUGAAUUAGAAGAAAGACGUGAAGGGGAGAUUGAAGACUAUUGGUUAAUUCAAUUCCAGAGAUUAAUGGAUCAAAAACCUGAAACGCUUAUCAUUAAGGUAAAAUUGCACAAGCAGUCAUCAAACUCAGUCACACAAAUGGUAAAGGGCAUGUGUGAAAACUGAAUGGUAUCCUUUUAUAAUGUUUUUGGUCAUGGGUGGGUAUUUAUUUUUAAAGUUAUAUUUCAGGUUGGCUCAAUUUUUUUUGGCCAUUUUUAUGGUUGGGUCUGCAAAAUUUUUACCAAGAAAAACAUUUCUCUUCGGUGCCAUUAUACCCCCAAACCACCCACCAACCCCCAUCACCAACCCCCACCACCCCCUACCAUACAUGAUGACCGGUCCCUAAAACCGAACUCAUUAUUUGUCUAACCAUUGUUCGUUAAUGUAGCAACACGGAUGUGAAGAAAUCAUAGCCGAAGUUCUGACUGAAGCAAGCGCUCAAGACUACAUCGCUAAUUUUGCCCGGAAUAAAAUAACGUGGCAAAUUCUUCGUGACAUGAAAGAUGAUGACUUGAAGGAGGUAUGGACAACUGAACUAGUGAACUUAAUACUGUAACUGGACCACCAAGUAGAGCAGUUCCAGUGGUGGUAUUUCUAGUGUAGGCAGGUGGCAGCGUUAUGAGGUAGCCGAUGGUGGUCAACGUAUAUUAAUAACAUGAGCAAGAAAAUUAAAGUGCGACUAACCCCAAAUAUAAUUUUUGGUACAGUAUGUGUAAUAUUUGGGUCGUUCUAAGAAGAAAUGUAAUAUAUUUUUAUAGUAAAAAACCUCAUCUUGAUCAACUUUUUCACUGUUAAAGUUUCCGGAUAUAAUGUCAUUAGGUGAAUUUUUGGUACAAAAAACAAAGGAAAACUAAUUUGCAAUUCACCUAAUGACAUCAUAUCCGCAAACUUUGGCAGUGAAAAAGUUGAACAAGAUGGGAUUUUUUAUUAUAAAGAUAUAUUACAUUUCGUCUUCGAGUGAUUGUUAGUCGCACUUUGAACUACAUCCAUUCCAUUCUAUUUCUUCUUCGACAACUACACGACUACGUCUACGACAUAUAGUGAAUGAACAUUAUUUUCUCACUCUGUUAACUGCAGGUUGACCAUCCUCUGCUGCACGAUUGUUUUUAGUGAAACCCAAUUAUUAUUUUGACAGGUUGGUAUUCAUGAGUACGGCAUUCGUUGGAAAAUUCUCAAAGCUGUUCAAGCGAGAAUUGAAGAAGAAAAUAAAGCUGCAGACAAGACGAGAAAACUUGAGUCUUCUGAGAGUCAACCAGAGCCAGUAAGUUUACUGAUCUAUAAUGCUUCAAGCUCGUUUUUCACUAAGCGAACUUGUUCCCGUGAAGCGACUUUAUUCAUUCUCAGCAUCUGGUUUGCUUACGUGAUAAGCGAUGUCGACAAAGAGAAAAGUCGCUUCGCGAGAAAACUUCCAUCGUCUUGCAAUUCAACAAUUUGUCAACAAGUUGUGAGUGACAACCUUGUAGCAACUUGAUAAAAUAACAACAUUGUUACAACUUGUUGAGAAGCUUGCUACAAGUCUGCUGCGAACACAUCUUGUUGACAAGUUGUGAGAUUUUUACGUGUGUAUUCUAUAGUAACUAGUAGUAUGUUUUAGACGAAUGACAGUGGUUCAUGUUCUGUACCUACUGUUACACCAAGCGCGCCACCAUUGGAGUCUAUUGAGGUGCAUGAGGAAAGUCCUUGUGUUAUAUGUAUGGAAGCAAAGGUAAGUUGAAUCAUUAUGGUAGAAUAUGGUAUGGUAUGGUAUGGUGCGGUAUGGUAUGGUGCGGUGUGGUGUGGUGCGGUGUGGUGUGGUAUGGUGUGGUGUGGUGUGGUAUGGUAUGAUGUGGUAUGGUGUGGUGUGGUGUGGUAUGGUGUGGUAUGCUAUGGUACGGUGUGGUAUGCUAUGGUAUGGUGUGGUGUGGUGUGGAUGGUAUGGUAUGGUGUGGUGUGGUAUGGUAUGGUGUAAUGUGGUAUGUAUAGUGUGGUAUGGUGUGGUGUGGUAGUAUCAUAGGUAGUAUGUAUGGUACAUGUAUAACCUGAUUUAUGACAACGUCUUUUUAGCGUGAUGUGAUAUUCCUGGUGUGUGGUCAUGUAUGUUGUUGUUCGAAUUGUUCGACGGGUCUAAAAGAUUGUCCAAUGUGUCGUCAAACGAUCGUCAAAACAGUCAAAAUGUUCAUGGUCUGA